AUCCUACUAAUUUUGCUGAACCCCAAGAGUUCUAAAUAUUCUUGGGCCAGCUAGUAUAAACGUCAUAGAGUACCCCACCUCGGUCCAUCGCAAGAGAUGAACGCAGUCAAGACAGCCGUCCGAAAGCAAGCCAAACAAGUCCUCACUCCCGUCUGGUCCAACGGCGUCCAGAAGCUCAAGGUCACGUCUGCUCCGCCGGCGAAGCUCGCCCAUGGCCUCACCCCGCCUAUGCUCGACGACGCGGUCCACGCCCAGCGCUGCCUCGCGCAGCUCCGCUCCAAGGACAAAAACAUCGAAAAGUACAUCUACUUGAGCCAGCUCAAGGAUGCGGACCCCAACAUGUUCUAUCGCCUGUGCUUGACAAACAUGGCGGAAUUCACCCCUUUGAUUUACACGCCCACAGUUGGCGAUGCAUGCAUUCAGUACUCUCACAUCUACCGUCGUCCCGAGGGCCUCUUCAUCUCCAUCAAAGACAAGGGCAGGAUCGGCCAGAUCCUGCGCAACUGGCCGCGCAAGAACGAGGCACGCAUCUCCGUCGUCACCGACGGCUCGCGCAUCCUCGGGCUCGGCGACCUCGGCGUAAACGGCAUGCCCAUCUCGAUCGGCAAGCUCUCGCUCUACGUCGCCGGCGCGGGCAUCCGCCCCGAGUCCACGAUCCCCAUCUGCCUCGACCUCGGCACGGACACGCAGCGCUACCUCGACGACCCGCUCUACCUGGGCCUCCGGCAGAAGCGCGUGCCGAUGGCGGUCAUGGACGAGUUUAUGGACGAGUUCAUGGGCGAGAUGGCGAAGGCGUUCCCGAAGCUGCUUAUCCAGUUCGAGGACUUCGCGACGGACAAGGCGUUCGCGUACCUUGACCGCUUCCGCGACCGCUACCCGCUGUUCAACGACGACAUCCAGGGCACGGGGGCGGUCGUGCUCUCGGGCUUCAUCAACGCCGCGAAGCUCUCGAGCGCGGCGUCCGGCCGUCCGCUCUCGGACCACCGCAUCCUGUUCUUGGGUGCGGGUUCGGCUGGCGUGGGUGUCGCGAUGCAGCUGCAGAGCUUCUUCAUGCUCCAGGGUCUGUCGAAGGAGGAGGCGCGCUCGCGCAUCUACCUUGUUGACUCGCAGGGCCUCGUCUUCGACGGCCGUGGUCCUAUGGCUGAGCACAAGAAGUACUUCUCGCGCAAGGACUACAACGGCCCCGCCCUCACGAACCUCACCGAGAUCAUCAAGUUCAUCAAGCCCACGGCCCUCAUGGGUCUCUCUACCACCAAGGGCGCGUUCAACCAAUCUGUCAUCGAGGCCAUGUCCGCGCUUAACCCGCGCCCGAUCAUCUUCCCGCUCUCGAACCCCGUGCGCCUCUCCGAGUGCGAGUUUCACGAGGCGGUCGAGUGGUCGAAAGGCAACGUCCUCUUCGCCUCUGGCUCGCCCUUCCCGGAGCAGGAUUACAACGGCCGCACGCUGUACCCCGGACAGGGCAACAACAUGUACAUCUUCCCCGGGCUCGGCCUCGGCGCGAUCCUGUCGCGCGCGUCGGCGGUGACGGACUCGAUGGUGGAGGCGUCCUCGCUCGGGCUCGCGGAGUCGCUCACGCCCGACGAGCGCGCGGACGACCUCCUCUACCCGCGCAUCGAGCGCAUCCGCGAGAUCUCGGCGGACAUCGCGCUAGCCGUCAUCCGCGCGGCGCAGAAGGCCGGGGUCGACCGCUCGGCGGAUCUGCGGCGGAAGUCGGACGCGGAGCUGCUGGCGUUCGUCAAGGAGAGGAUGUGGAACCCGUGAGGCCUUGCCUGCUAGACUGCUGCGGUUUACCUUCGUUCGUCGAACUUCGCCCUCACCCUUUUGACUGCUGUCGUCCAUCCGCGGAUCGGAUGGAUUUCUUACGUGUUUCACGCUCUGCUGCUAUGCUUUCCUUCCCUAUUCCCGUCCUCGUAUACUAUAACAUGACACCUGGAUACACACUUCUUCUCCUUCGCCACAACGAGUAAAAACAUAACGCUGGUCUCUAUAUUGGUAUUGCAGGCGUCGCAUCGCGGUUGUAGAGUUUCUAUGGCGUCAUUAUGAGCGGUAUAGAUUUUCGCGGUUCAAGCUUUCUUCUGUCCAUCGUCUGUGUUUCUCAGAACCCGUACUCGACCGCAACUGAUAAUCGGGUAGGAGUGUCCAAGCAAGGCUAUCUUGUGAUUUCCCGCUAGUUCUGUCAUGAAUGCACCUGAACAAUAAUAAAACUCGCUGAAGCUGGGUGGCCAGCGCUCGGCACGCAUCG